AUGCAUCCAAACAAACUGUCCUUGAUUCGUUUUUCCUUCGAUCGGCUUUGUCUCAGACUUCGGGUGCUUGAUGGAAUUCAUGCACUAGAGGAGGGUAUAAACGACUUUCGACUUAUGGGCAAUGCUCUACUGUAUCAAAGGAACAAUACUGCCGUCUCUGGGCCACUGUUCCACGCAUUGCAUGCAAUGGCAUUUCCUAAAGGGCCACUUGUCCGCUAG